AUUCGUCGGCGACAGUAAAGAGUAAACAAGUUUGUUUUUUGUUGGAUGGUUUGCGUAUAUACAAUGUGCAUGUAGGAAUUCUUUCACAUUCAGAUUUUGUUUCCUGUCACACGUUAUUUUCAAAUAAGAAGCAUGUCAUACAGUUUUACCUAUCCCAACUCAAAUCUAUCGGAGGAACAGAAGCAGUUUUAUGAGAAAAAUGGGUAUCUUUUAAUAAAGAACAAUGUUAGUGAAAAACUUUUAAAUACUGUUUGUCAAAGGUUUAUAGACAUUUGCGACGGAAAAGCUGACGCUGCUAAUAUUACGACUGUUAUGAAAGACCCGUCUUUAAAAAAUAAGGAUGUCCAAGGGCAGUAUCUUAUAAACAAACUUCAAGAUUUUCUAUAUGAUGAUGUACUUUGGCAGUACUGUAGUGAUUCAGCAGUAGUAAACAUUGUAGAGGGUAUUAUAGGGUCUAAUAUUACAGCAGUACAUUCCAUGUUUAUUAAUAAACCACCAAAUGCUGAUCCUGGAGCAUCUUUACAUCCCUUGCAUCAGGAUUUACAUUAUUUUCCUUUUCGACCCCCUAACAAAAUAGUCGCAUCUUGGACGGCUGUAGAAAGAGUUGAAGAAAAAAAUGGUUGCCUUUUUGUUGUACCAGGGUCACAUCAGGGAACUCUUUACAACCAUGAAUAUCCUAAGGGAUUUAAAAAUUCAAUGUAUCAUGGAGUCCAAGGAUUUGAUCACCUUCCAAGGGUUCAUGUGGUUAUGGAUAAAGGAGAUACAGUAUUUUUUCAUCCUAUUUUAUUACAUGGUUCGGGGCCAAACUUUACAAAGGGAUUUAGGAAAGCCAUCUCUUGUCAUUAUGCAGCUAACAAUUGCUACUUCAUUGACGUGCAUGGUACAUCACAGGAAUAUAUUGCAACUGAAAUAGAAGGAGUGGCCAAAAGGAGAGGCGCUGAUAUUAACUUUGAGGGAAUAUGGAAAUUAAAAAGUCGUUUGGUGAAGGGGACUCCUGGUAAUUUUCAGAGUUUAAGCCACCUUUAAUAAAAUUGUGAUAAAUGUUUAUAAGCUUAAAAUUAUGUACCUGCAUCUGUAUGUAUAUUAUGUACUAUAUAUAACUGAUUUCAAUUUUUCCAUGGUUGCGUUAAUGGGGAAACAGCAAUAAAAACUAUUUUUCAAUAUAAAA